AAAAUGAGCAGUUUUGGUCAAGAUUCGAGCACAUGGCUUCUUGUUAUAAAGUCUGGAGAUGUCAAUCAAAGCAGCUAUGAGGCCACGUGAUUGGCUGAUAUUCGGCAUCCCUUCGAGUGUUCGUAAGCAGCUGUCUUUUUAGAAGCCAGUCUUGUCAGAAAAAACCCGAGUUCCAAUGGAUUUUUGCCUUUUUUCUCGCCAAAAUCGCUCUAGAAAGGCAAUCGGGAGGUUGUUGUAGCGUUAUGACCGUUAUGACUCUUCAACAUCCGCACAUGGAGUUUAUUCAGCCGGUUCAAACCCCUCAGGAAAUACAGCCCUCUCCUCUGGCACUCUUAGCUGCUACAUGUAGCAAGAUUGGACAAGGUCCUGAUUUCCCACAAGACCAGAAUCAAUCCGCCAUUAAUCAAGUUCAACAGCAGCAAGACUUCGUUCAAGUUUGGGCGCAGGAGCAGGCAUCUUCUGUCCAAGUCAACGAUGCAUUCUCGUCGAAUCAACCUAAUAUUCUUCCUGCUCAAAACAGUUCAAGUCCAGCGUUAUAUUCCCCCUUAAAUGCACUAAGUCAGAUCGAUACUAACCAAGUUUAUUAUGCUAUUGUUACGAGUUCUCCUGCACAAGAUCAGCGACAAAACGCUGCUCCGAACCAAGAACUGCCAUUAACGCCUUCAACAACGAGCGGCAAUCCUCAGUCGCCUGACCAAAUCUACUCUUUCGAGCAAACAAGAAUAUCCGAUUCCCCUGGAUGGUCUACAAAAACAACAACUGGUGACAAUCCUGUGAAUUCUGCAGCUCAAUGGUGGCAAAAUAAAACGAUAAAUUGGCCAAAUUCGAACGCGAAUUCCGAUCAAUUUUCUCCUCAGCCGAACAUUUCGACGACAAUGGUGGAAGUUGAAAACGCCAUUGAAGCGCAACAACAGCAGCAAGCCCAGCAAAUCGUCGUGAAUCCCGUCAAUAAUAAUGGGAAUCAAACUCCUACGUACAUCCAGGUUACUCGAACUCCGCAGGGGCAUAUUAUUCUGACUCAAGAUGCAAGUGAAGCUGGUAAAUGGGCGGCAAAUGCGACUAUUAACCUCAAUGUUGUUGCCUCGCCACAACAGACAACGACAACGAGUAAUAUUGUUCCUGUUACUUUGCCACUAGAUGGGGUUUCGACUGCCCAAAACUCUAUAAAUACGUCGCCAACGACUCCUAUUAGCCCAUCAACUGGUCGUAGGCUUCGUAGAGUGGCUUGUACUUGUCCUAACUGCCGUGAUGGGGAAGGAAGAACAGCUAAUGGCCGCAAGCAACAUAUCUGCCAUAUUCAAGGAUGUGGAAAAGUGUAUGGAAAAACGUCUCAUCUUCGAGCUCAUCUUCGAUGGCAUUCAGGAGAACGACCUUUUUUGUGUAACUGGUUGUUCUGUGGGAAACGAUUCACGCGAUCUGAUGAACUACAGCGACACAGACGAACUCACACGGGAGAAAAAAGGUUCACUUGUAGUGAGUGUGGGAAAAAAUUCAUGCGAAGUGAUCAUUUGUCUAAGCAUGUAAAAACCCACACGAACGGAAAGAAUAAAACUUCUUCUACCACUGCUGUGACAAUUCAGGAGCCGGUCAUAAUCCAUCCUCAAUCAGAAGCUCCAGAAAUACAACCUUCUUGUAUUCAAAGCGAUGGCACUGCCAUUGUAGAGAUAAAUAUUCCCCAGGUCGUUUCUGUGAACCAAGAUGGUUGCAUCUCGCAGACAGAUUUUCAAGAUAGGACUCUGGAAGAUGAAUUUAGUAAUGCUUCAGCUGAAGAUUUUAUAAGUGCUACUGAUUUUAGUUCAGUAUCUAUGGAAUAAAAUCUUUUUGAUAUGGUACGUUUCUGUCUAGAUUUUAUAAUCUGGUUUUUCAAAAGAUGAAAUACAUACAGUGCACAGAUAUCUUGUACUAUACUACAUUGUCCUUAUUGAGACUGUACUACACGAUUAUGUCAUGUAGUGUUAACAACAAAAACAAAACAAAAAUAAUUCGUAAAUAUUGUCUUAAUAGAUACCGCUUUAAAAUUACAAAGGAUUUCAUGUGGAAAAUGUUAUUAUUGCUAUUACAUGGCUAUAUUAAUGAUUAUAUAUUAUAUUAUGUAUUAAGGGGUGAUAGAUGGUCAAUGACAGAAUAUAAGAUAUGCAGAUUAGUUGAGUGCCUCAGCAGAUGCAUUUAAUGCUUUUUAAAAAUAUCAUUUACAUAAUGGCAACAUUUUGUAUCUCUACCAAAAUUCUUUGAAACUUUUUGUAUUGUUUUUAUUCCCUAAUAAGAUAUAAGCUAAACAAAAGAGUGUGUUGAGAUCCUAGCUGACAGCGAUGCCACAUUGUAGGAAUAUUUUUCAAGACUCCAAGUUUCGCAUAUGACCAUUUGUCAGCACGACCCAUUGUACCAUAUCUUUUGUCAUCUCCAAAGCUCUUGCAUAUACAUUUGUAACUGUGCUGACCAUAAGAUAAAUUGAUAAUUACACUUAGUGUAAUGUCAUCUGCUGUUGGCAUUUAAACUCAUUAAUGUAUUUCAUGUCAUAGAACUGAGCUAAUAUGACUAAUUAAUGAAAGAAUUAUGUUAAUUGGUACACUUAAAAUGGUUAGGUGGAAUAUUGGAGCAAAGACCAAUGAGGUUAAUAUAAAAAUUGGCUGCCCAAGACAUAACUUACAGGGGUGGAUCCAGGGGAGGGUUGCACACCUCUCCCAGGCCUGGUUUGACUUUGUGCCCCUACUUCAAAGAUAACCAAUACAAAAUAAUGUUAUUUUUUCUUUGAUUUUAAGAGGUGCACCCCUCCCUGAAAUAGUGUUGUGAGCACUAGCCCUCCCUGAACAAAAUUCUGGAUCUAUCCCUUAGUUAUGUUAUUGUCAUUCUAAAUAGCAUGCCUGAAAUUUAUGAUUUGUUGUCAUAGCAAAAAAGGGUUUUGGUGGAUAUCAAUCAAAGGGUUUCCAUGACAUCAGAAAGGUUUUCAAGGGCAUUUGCCUGUGAAGUGAUGAAGAUUGAAUUUAAUUCCAAAAGCUACUUUGUCUCAAUGUGGAUUCAAUACAAUCCAUUAAGAAUGACUUCAAAUGGAUAUAUAUUUUAUUUUUUUUACUGAAUAACCCUUCUCGGCCUUGUUUGUUUCAAUAACUAAUUAUUAUUAUUUUGUCAUUAGAGCAGUUUUCAUUAGCCCGUGAUUAAACAAAGCGUAGCAACAAAGGUGUAAUACUGUAGUCAGAUAAACACAAUAGAAAACAGAACUAGAGCAAAAUAGUGCUAAAUAUGCUACAGUUUGUUUUACGGGUUUAUGCAAACCAAGGUGUUCAAUCCUUUUCUUGUAAGUAUAUAUUCUUGGUUUGCAAUCAAUCCCAAGAGAGCACAAUAACAAAAGGGAUGUCCGCCAAGUUGGAAGAUAUAACAAAAGAAUUCAUUGAAAAAUCUUUUGUCAAAUUCUUCCAACAUGGUGGCUAUUGCAAACGAAGAAUUGUGCAUUCCAUGUUUAAAAUAAUAGCUCUAUAUUUAUACAAAUUAGUGUACAGCCUAGUUAAUUAACUUGUCUUUUAGAUAAUUUGAAAUCGAAAUACAAAAUAUCUUUAUCUUCAAGUUACUUCAAAAUAGCAAUAUUUUUUUGAAAAAGCUCUAAAUAAGUUUCAAGGUGCUAAAAGGUAUGCAAGUCCCCAAAAAUGGUGUCCAUAUAUAUACAUCGAUAUUAUUCUAUUUUAUUCUUUUAAAACUUAGGUAAUUGGUGCUUUUUGUAUAGUGACUCAAACUCAAAUAGACCCUUGCGCAAAAUGUUUUUUCCAUUUCAGACCAUUUGUCAUUUCCUAGUAGAGUAUCAUUUCUUUGUUAGAAGGCUGUACAUGAAAAAAAAAWAUUAUUCUCAACGGAAUGACACUUGGUCUGAAAUGGGAAAACAAUGGCCCAAGCUAAGUGGGUCUAGAGACAGUAAUAAAUGAUCAUUGGAUGAGGUUGAGCUUGAUAUUGUAAAUUGUUAAGUACAAUAAUGGUUCAGAAGAUAAUUAUUAUCUUCUGAACCCGCAGGCUGAGAAGUUUAAAACAGCCAAGGUGUCGAUAAUUUGUGUGAAGUUCUAGAUAUCAUGAACUGGCUGUAGGCUCCCGGCCUAUCAGAAGUGGGUUAGUAAAAUUUAUAAUAUAAUAUAAUAAAGUAAAUAAUAGUAAUGUCUAGGAUGUAUUGAUUAGGAUAUAUAAAUUAUGUAAUGAAAUGAAGGAAAAGCAUUUCGCUUUAAUAAAAACUGGAACAACUA